UGCUGUAGCUGGAAAGACGUUCUCCAGUACGAGACGAACAAAGUCACCCAGAUCCAGAGCGUGAAUUAUGGCACCAUUAAGUGGCUCUUACACAUGAUCGUCUUUUCCUACGUCUGAGUCUCGGGUACCCUGUAGCCACGCGGGCAUGGGGCUGGUGCCAUUGUCGAUACCAGUAUCAGUCUGUGAAAGUCGUCCACAUUCAGAACCCGUGAUUCGGGAUCCUGAAGAAAAGCUUCAUGGUGGGCACCUUAGUCUACAGCUGCUUUGCUUUGUGGAGUGACAGGCUGUACCAACGGAAGGAGCCUGUCAUCAGCUCUGUGCACACCAAGGUGAAGGGGAUAGCAGAAGUGAAGGAGGAAAUCACGGAGAAUGGAGUGCGGAAGGCAGUGUGGAGCAUCUUUGACACUGCGGAUUACACCUUCCCGUUGCAGGGAAACUCCUUCUUUGUGAUGACAAACUUUCUCAAGACGCAAGGCCAAGUUCAGGGCCUUUGUCCUGAGUACCCCACCCGCAGGACGCUCUGCUCCAAUGACCGGAACUGUAAAAAAGGAGGGAUGGACCCACAGAGCAAAGGAGUUCAGACUGGAAGGUGUGUACAGUAUAAAGGGAACCAGAAGACCUGUGAAGUCUCCGCCUGGUGCCCCGUCGAAGCAGUGGAAGAAGCCCCCCGGCCUGCCCUCUUGAACAGUGCGGAGAACUUCACUGUGCUUAUCAAGAAUAACAUCCACUUCCCUGGCCACAAUUACACCACGAGAAAUAUCUACCCAGGUCUAAACACCACUUGCACCUUUCACAAGACUCGGGAUCCACAGUGUCCCAUUUUCCGACUAGGAGAUAUCUUCCGAGAAACAGGAGAUAACUUUUCAGAUGUGGCAGUUCAGGGUGGAAUUAUGGGCAUUGAGAUCUACUGGGACUGCACCCUGGACAGUUGGUUCCAUCGCUGCCGACCCAAGUAUAGUUUCCGUCGCCUUGAUGACAAAACCAACAAAGCGGCCCCGUACCCUGGCUACAACUUCAGACACGCCAAGUACUAUAAGGAAUCCAAUAUUGAAAAACGGACCCUGAUAAAAGUCUUUGGGAUUCGUUUUGACAUCCUAGUGUUUGGCACCGGAGGGAAAUUUGACAUUAUCCAGUUGAUCGUGUAUAUCGGCUCAACCCUCUCCUACUUUGGUUUGGCCACUGUGUUCAUCGACUUUCUCAUCAACACGUACUCGACAGAGUGCUGUGGAAAGUGUGUCCACCCCUACUGUAAGCGCUGCAGGGUGAACGAGUACUACUACAAGAAGAAGUGCGAGACCAUCGUAGAGCCCAAGGCGACAUUGAAGUAUGUGUCCUUUGUGGACGAACCUUACAUCAGGAUGGUGGACCGGCAGCUACUCGGGAAAAGCCUGCAAAAUAUCAAGGGUAAAGAAGUCCCAAGACCCCCGAAGGACUUCACAGACCUGUCCAAGCUGCACCUGUCUUUGUACGAGCCACCCCCAACUCCAGACCAACUGCUGGAAAUGCAGCCGCUUAAUGAAGAGGUGAUUAGUAGGUCUAGUGACAGUAGGUCCCGUGACAGCCCGAGCUGGUGCCAGUGUGGAAACUGCCUCCCCUCCCAACUCCCCAUCCAAACUUCCAGAUGCCUGGAAGAGCUGUGCUGUCGGAAGAAGCCCGGUGCCUGCAUCACCACCUCAGACCUGUUCCAGAAGCUGGUCCUGUCCAGACACAACCUGCAGUUCCUCCUGCUUUACCAAGAGCCCUUGCUGGCGCUGGACCCAGAGUCCACCAACAGCCAGCUGCGGCACUGCGCCUACAGGUGCUACACCACCUGGCGCUUUGGCUCCCAUGACAUGGCUGACUUUGCCAUCUUGCCCAGCUGCUGCCGCUGGAGGAUCCGGACAGAGUUUCCCACGAGCAAAGGCCAGUACAGUGGCUUCAAGAGUCCUUACUGAUGGCACAGGUUGGGUGCUUCAGUCACAUGAACGUCACCAUUGCUUACACCUUGAGCUUCGCUUUGAACUUCGUCUUCAAAGACCUGUGGCCAAUCUUUCAGCCAAAGGAAAAUGUACUUUCUGGUUCUGUAACUCUGUGUCAGAGAGCAGAGUGGCCUGAUUAAACAAAGAGACAAACCAACCAACCAACUGGAAGCCCUCAGCACCAACUGAUGGUCAAGAGAUUUAGGUUUCAGUCUGAAUUCUGUCCCUAGGGAGUUGUGUGGCCCUGGGGCUGUAACCUCUGUGUCUCCUUCUUAACCAACCAACUCUCCCACGUAGAUAUUGGGAGGACAAAUUGAGACAGUUAAUUUGUAUGUGAACUGUACUGUUAAUGUUAAAAGAGACGUAUGAAUGCAAAGGAUCCCAUGAUGAGGCCAGUCUAGGAGAGUGAUCAACUAAGAGCAAACCCUCUGGGCCCUAGUUCGAGGAUGUGGAAGGUUAAAGAUGGUCACAAAUUCUUAGCCACUCGUGCCUUGAGACUUGAGGUUUAUGUCUCCUUCCCUUGAAUCUGGGUAGGCUUUGAUUGCUUUAUCUAACAGUGGAAGUGACAUUGACAGCUUCAGGCCUUGGUUCUGGCAGCUUCUACUUCCUGUCCCUUGGAACUCUUGCUGUGCGGGAAUCCAGCCACCACGUAAGAAGCCUGGCUACCCUGAGAUCGCCCUGUUGUGAGGAAGCCCAAGCAGCAAUGUGGAGAGGACAGACGCCCAACCAGCCCCCAGCUGUACGAACCACCCAAGCCCAGCCACCAGACACAAGAAGAGAAGACGCCUUCAGGUGGCUCCACACCUGCUCACAUGACUGCGACUGCAGGAGAGACCGCAAAUGAGAACGGCCCAGUCACCACAAAUUGUUUUAAGCACUAAGUUUUAGGUUGGUUUAAUAACUGGGACAGAGAGCAAAUCUGACUCAUGGGGACACAGCCCAUUAUUUCCCUGGUUCUGAGGUUCUUAGGGAGCCUGGAUCAUCCCUGGAGCCCCUCGGGGUUUAGGUUUCUAUUUAGCUAUUCUAGAAGGGCUGCAGACCAAACCAUGUAACUCACCAGCCUAGCCCCAGAAUCCAUCGAGUCUAACUACAGAGAUACCCAGUGCAGUCCAGUGCCCACCACAUUUCUGUGGCAGGGAGUGACUACUGCUGUCAGAACCUGGAAAAGGCUGCCUUUAUGCCUUUAGCGGGGACACUGGUGGUUCAGUGCUAAAAUUCUCAUCUUCUACGCAGAAGACUAGGGUUCAGUUCCCAGUCAAUGCACCUCACACACAGCUACCACCCGUCUGUCAGUGAAGGCUUGCAUGUUGCUAUGAUGCUAAACAGGUUUUAGCAGAGCUUCUAGACUAAGAUGGACUAGGAAGAAAGGCCUGGCAACCUACUUAUGAAAAUCAGACCAUGAAAACCCUAUGGAUCACAACAGUCUGAUCUACAAUUGAUCAUGGAGACGGCACACGGCCGGGCAGCGUCUCAUUCUGUUGUGCAUGGGGUCGCUAUGAGUCUCCUGGACUCAUGCCUACUCGACGGCAGCUAAUAAUAACAUAUGCCUUUAUCGUCCUGUGCUUCGCAGCCAAUCAGAAUCGAUGCAGUCUGGAUGCUACUUAAAAAGCAACUCACACUCAAACCUUUACCAUUUCUAAACAUCAACUGCUAAGGGUGUGAAAAUGGAUAGCUGCAGGUUUUAAGAUCCUCCUGCUGAUCUUUUCUGUGGUUUUAGCACUAGUGUUAGCUAUUUAUCUAUUUCUAAACAGCCACCUUAAAGAAUAAGUAGUUUAGAAACCACUAGUCAACACUGUGACUGACAAAGGACCUGUGAGUUUUUUUAUACAUACGCUAAGAUUUACUGUAUUGGUACUUCUUAAAAAAUCAGCAGCUUUCUAUUUUAUUAAUGUAAAAUAAGGAUAAAGACCCUCUUUUUGUGACCCAGGAUAUUUUCUGGCUCUACACUCAGGAAUCAAGUUAAUCAGGCCAGAUUGAACUUGCAUUUUUACUGCCUUUCAGAGAUAUUUUUGAAAACUGGAUAAUACCUGGCUUCUUGGGAAUAGAAAUUACUUACUCCAAAAUUCUACGUAACUGCUAAAGGCUUCUAUUUUGACGACCUCUGAGCCGUCACACCUUCACUUUUUGAAGCCUUGUUCCUAGUGUGUUUCUAUCACCUUGUUGAGGCCCCAGGUGGAAUCAGAACUGGAAAUGGCAAAUAAUCCCUGAUCUACCUCCUGGCUUUCCUUCUCCUUCCCCGCUGACGCUCAGCCUGAGAGACGAAGUGUUACUUCAACUGUGUGGUAGACGUCGGACACUUCCUACAAUAACGUGGACCAUAUUUAUAGUCCUAUUUUUAGUCUACUGUGUAAAAUGACAUCAUUGUCAACAGCCCCAUUUUGUAGGAUCUGUUUCCUUGUACUUAAACCCAUGCUUGUAUUGUGGUAACCACACAGUAUUCAUCACUUUGUCCCCGUGUCAGAAGGGAGGAGAUCCGCUUUCUUGCUGUAACAUUGGCUAAGUUCAUGUACAGCUCGUAAUGGACUUACAUUUCUCUCCUUAGAGUGACCAUUGUUUAAGCCCUUCUUAAUUCUCAGUUAUGUAGGUGUCUUAACUUGACUGUUUUGAUAAUAAUAAAAAUACAUAUGAUCCAUGUUUA